AUGUGCUAUGAAUAUUUUGAUCGCUUAUAUGAAAAAGAUCCUAAUUGGUUUAAUGAUUAUAGCAACUUGAAUUUUGACAAUUUUCCACAAGGCUCACAAACCACCACUAACAACAUAGCAUUUGUUAUGGAAAGACUCCGUGUUUAUGAAACAUGUUUUGUUAUUAAUAGGUUAGAUAUCUCUAGAUAUAAAAUAACUAAAUAUGAUACUCUGGAUUAUAGGAUGUUUCCAUUUAUUAAUUUAACCUAUUUAGAAAAUGAUGUAAAAUAUCAUUACGAUCACACUAAAUCUGUUUGGUUAGUUUUAUUAAAUGCAAAUAAAGUCAACAAAAAAAAAAGAGGCAUUGUGCUUAGUGUUGGUGAAGAUCAAGUCGAGGAUGCUUUGAGAUUAAUAAACACCUUGUCUGCCACAGAUUUUAGCCUGGAAAUGUAUUACAAUGAUAAUGAUGGCAAUAACAAUGGCUUGAUCCCAAUACAGAUUGUUCAUAAGGGAGAUUUAUCUCAAUCGAGUAUUGAUCUUUUCAAAAACCUUGGUGGGAAACUAAAUAAAAAUGAUUUAGACAUUGAGGUUAUAAAUGCCUCAAAUUUUAUAAGCCCACAAUAUAUCGGCAAAUUUACGACAUUUUUAAAUAAAUGGUUGGCCGUAUUAUUUAACACCUUUGAUAGAGAAUUCAUAUUGUUGGACGCAGAUGUCAUAUUAUUCACUAAUCCAUAUAAUUUUUUUAAUAUACAGGAAUAUCUCGAUAAUGGAAACUUGUUUUUCAGGGAUAGAAGCAUUAUGGUGGAUAAACUAUCACAAAAUUGUGUUGAUAUGUUUGAAGCAGCAUUGCCGCCUCCGUCUCAACGAGAAGCAUAUUUCAAAUCUGAAAAAACAAUAGAAUACCAAGUUUACAAAGAAUUUUUCCAUGGGGGAUAUUUGCACCAGUUGGAAAGCGGCCUUGUGGUGAUCAAUAAACAAAUGCAUUAUUUUGCCACUGUUAUAUCGACUAUCCUAAAUUUAUCAAAUGAUAUAGGGGAAUGCGCAUGGGGUGAUAAGGAAUAUUUUUGGUUGGGGUUCUUAGCCCUGGGAAACAAUAGUACCCAUAAUUAUAAGUUCUACCCCAACGAGGCAAGCGGAGUGGGUGAGGAAAUUAAACAAGUUUAUAACCGAAACGUCAAUAUUUAUGAUAAAAGAAUAUGUUCUGUACAGGUAGGUCAUACAAGCUAUGCAGACCCUGAAACACAUUUAUUAUGGUUAAAUGGAGGUGCUUAUAAUUGUAAAUUUCAUGACAAUAUCAAGGACCUGCCUGAGGGGAUAACUGAAGAGGGUGAUAACAGUUUAGGUGAUAGCAUAAUCAAAAUCAAUUCCUACAUCAUACCGGACAGAACCGGUGUUAAUUUUUUUAGAGAGAAUUGGGCCUGUAAUGGAUAUAACUGGUGCGCUAGAUACUAUGAAUUGGAUAAUGUUGUUCAUGGAGAGUGGGGUGAUUUUAACCCAAAAGAAAUUGAAUGGAUAAAUUCCAUUCUAAGGAAAUGGGGAGAAUAUCCACAAAUAAUGGGAAUCAAAUAG